AUGCCGUUCCACAAAUUAGCUGCUGUACCAGUACUAGUAUGGCUGGGCGUAGCGCUUGCCACAAGGUUACCACGGGCUGGAGCAACACCGACACCACAUAGCAGCCAGUGCAAAACAAAAUGCGGCCGCGUAGACAUCCCUUACCCUUUCGGCAUCGUCGAUUCUCCUGAUGACGGCCACUGCGCCAUGCAUGAUGGCUUCGCCCUGACCUGCAACAAGACCGGGAUUAAUGGUAGGCGCCGCAGGCCAUUUGCUGGCGAUGUGGAGGUCGUCCACAUCUCGCUGCAGCGAGGUAAGGCCCGGAUGAAGGCGACCAUCUCCUCCUACUGCUACAACCUCACCUCUCGGGUUAUGGACACGGACCUGUGGUCGGUCGACCUCAAGGGUACGCCCUACAAGUUUGCCGGCACCAACAAGUUCACCGUCAUCGGCUGCCAAAGCCUGGUGUACAUCGUGGGCGAGCACGGCGACGACGCCCAAGACCAGUACAUGAGUGGGUGCGUGGCCAUGUGCUGGCGCGGAGGCAACGGCGAUGUCAGGUCGGCCCUCAGAAACGGCUCCUGCUCCGGGAUAGGCUGCUGCCAGACCGCCAUCCCCAAGGGGUUGCAGUACUACCAGGUGCUCUUCGAGCCUGGAGUCAACACGACGGAGAUCCACAACGUCAGCCGCUGCAGCUAUGCGGUGCUCAUGGACUCGUCCGACUUCACCUUCUCGACGACCUAUGUGACCUCGCGGGCGUUCAUUAACAACUACGGCGGCCAGGCGCCGUUCGUGGUUGACUGGUCUAUCGGAAACGAGACGUGCGACGCAGCCCGCAAGAAGCAUGUGUCCUAUGCGUGCGUCAGCGACAACAGCGAGUGCUUCAACUCACAGAAUGGACCAGGCUACAUCUGCAACUGCUCCAAAGGCUUCCAUGGUAAUCCUUACCUGCAACAUCUGGAGCGCGGAUGCAAAGACAUUGACGAAUGCAAGCACCCCCAACGGUAUCGCUGCUCAAAUGGCGGGGUCUGCAGAAACAGGCUGGGAGGCUAUGACUGUCCAUGCAAAUCUAGAUGGAAAGGCGUCGCCAAAGCGGGAACCUGUAUAGAUCAUUUCCCUCUAGCAGCAAAGCUGGCAGUCGGUGCAAUAGGUGGUAUUCUUCUUAUGUCGAUCAUAUCGUUCCUUAUUAUUCUUUACAAAGAGAAGAAGAAGAUGAAGGAAUUCUACAAAAAUAAUGGCGGCCCUCUAUUAGAGGAAGCAACAGGCAUUAAAAUUUUCAAAAAGGGGGAGCUCAAGCCAUUUUUGAAGAAUAGCAACAUAAUUGGAAAAGGUGGAUUUGGUAAAGUUUACAAGGGCCUUCUUGACAAUAAAGAAGUUGCAAUAAAGAAGCCAAUCAAUGGUAGCGUGCGAGAGAAUAAACAAUUUGCCAAUGAAGUCAUCAUCCAAUCUCAAGUCAUCCACAAGAACAUUGUUAGGCUCAUUGGAUGUUGCCUUGAAGUUGAAGCCCCCCUGCUGGUCUAUGAGUUUAUCUCACAAGGUAGCCUCCAUGAUAUUCUUCACAACCACAAUAACAAGGUGGCACUCAACUUGGAGACACGUUUGAAUAUCGCUGCGCAGUCAGCCGAUGGGCUAGCUUAUAUGCACUCAAAAGCAAAUAUUAGAAUUCUACACGGUGAUGUCAAGCCAGCAAAUAUACUCUUGGAUGAUAACUUUGUACCCAAGAUUUCCGACUUCGGCAUAUCUAGGUUGCUUGCUAGAGACAAGGAACACACAGGAUCAGUCAUCGGUGACAUGAAUUAUAUGGAUCCAGUAUAUCAACGAGAAGGCCUACUCACCGAAAAAAGUGAUGUCUACAGUUUUGGAGUUGUGAUCCUGGAGCUUAUUAGUAGCAGGAGGGCCAUACAUUCUGAGAAUAAUAGCUUGUUAAAGAGCUUUCUUGAAUACGAUAAGAAAAAGGAAAAAUUGACCGAGCUUUUUGACAAGGAAAUUGCAAUAACAAAAGAUUUGGAGCUUCUUGAUAGUCUAGCAUGCAUGGCCCUGAAAUGCCUUAGCCUUGAUGUAGAACAAAGACCAACAAUGAUGGAGAUAGCUGAGCAGCUACUCAUACUGAGCCGCUCUCGUAAGGUGUAAGAUAUUUGGUACGCUGAA